CUGUUUUUUUUUUUUCUGCUAAACCAAAAAGGAAAAGAAGCUCUCUUUGAAUCCAAGUUUUCCCUCACAUCUUUUCUGUCUUUUUUUACUCAAGGCUUUCACAUUUUUCUACUCCUUUCUUUUCUCUACUUUUUCAAGUGAUUUACUUUCAUGGGUAGUUGCCAAAUCUUGGAUUUAAACCCAGUAGUUUUGUAUUAGCAUCUUUAUCUCUUCAUUGUUUUUGUUUCGGUUUGUUUCAUUUUAUACUUUCUGUUAACAAAGCAAACCCCAUUAUAGCAGAUUAGCGUACCGAAACUUUGAACUUCUGCCUUAGUUUUAGUUUCUUGAUAAACCCCACAUUUGCAACUCAGGUGGUUUCUUUUUCUUUUUUUUUGGGUUCUACUAUCUCUUCUUCAUUUUUGGGUAGAUGAAUUCUACUUGUGGCUGAUAAAAGGGCGUAAAAUAUUAGGGAGAAAGAAAAAUGAAAUCAUACAUUUAUUUCUUGCUUCUGUUUCUUGCCUCUGGAGUUGCUUUUGUGACUUGUGCUCCUUUUCCUACUAAUGAAGUUUGGGCUCUUACAACAUUCAAGGAAGCUAUAUAUGAAGACCCACAUCUGGUUUUGUCAAACUGGAAUGCUUUAGAUGCUGAUCCGUGUGAGUGGUCUGGGAUUUCUUGUAAUCAGGAGAGACAACAUGUUAUAAAGAUAAACAUAUCCAGUUCAUCUUUAAAGGGAUUUCUUGCACCGGAAAUGGGCCAAAUUACCUACUUGCAAGAACUAACUUUACGCGAGAACAAUCUGAUAGGGAUAAUACCUAAAGAACUGGGGAUGUUGAAAUUCCUCAAAGUCUUGGAUUUGGGGAUGAAUCAACUGACGGGUCCUAUUCCUCCAGAGCUUGGGAAUUUAUCCAGUGUGAUGAAGAUAAACCUUCAGUCAAAUGGGUUGACGGGUAGCCUGCCUGCUGAGCUUGGCAAUUUGAAGUAUCUUCAAGAACUUCGCCUUGAUAGAAAUAAACUUCAUGGAACUGUUCCUGCUGAUAGCAAUUCAGCGUUUACAGCUAAGAUGCAUGGAAUGUAUGCCUCAGGUUCAAACUUAACUGGACUUUGUCGUUCAUCUCAGUUAAAAGUUGUAGAUGUCUCCUACAAUUUUUUGGUUGGAGGCAUACCUAAGUGUUUGGAAUACCUUCCAAGCACAAGCUUUCAAGGGAAUUGCCUCCAGGACAAAGAUGCAAAACAGCGUCCCACUACACAAUGUGGUGGUGCUAUGCUUUCCAGAAGUCACCAAGCACCCAGCCCUAAGCAUCGGCCUGCUGAAGACGUUGCAAAGCAUCAAAAAGCGUCGAAACCUGCCUGGCUUUUGGCUCUUGAAAUAGUGACAGGAACCAUGGUGGGAUCUCUCUUUCUGGUCGCCCUCCUUACUGCUUUCCAAAGAUGCAAUAGCAAGUCUGCUAUCAUAAUCCCUUGGAAGAAAUCAGGGAGUGAGAAGGAACAUGUAACAGUAUACGUAGAUUCUGAGUUGUUGAAAGAUGUGACUAAAUUUAGCAGACAAGAGCUUGAAGUAGCUUGUGAAGAUUUCAGCAACAUUAUUGGUUCCUCUCCAGACAGUUUGGUCUACAAAGGCACCAUGAAGGGUGGACCCGAAAUUGCUGUGAUAUCCCUCUGCAUUAAAGAGGAGCACUGGACUGGCUAUCUUGAGCUCUAUUUCCAGAGAGAGGUGGCAGAUUUGGCAAGAUUGAAUCAUGAGAAUGUAGGGAUAUUACUAGGUUACUGUAGAGAGAGCACUCCAUUUACAAGGAUGCUUGUUUUUGAAUAUGCAUCAAAUGGAACGCUUUAUGAGCAUUUGCAUUAUGGAGAGGGAUCCCAAUUAUCUUGGACAAGGCGUAUGAGAAUUAUUCAAGGCAUUGCUCGAGGACUCAAGUAUCUUCACACAGAACCUGAGCCCCCAUUCACUAUAUCUGAGUUAAACUCUAGUGCUGUGUAUCUUACAGAGGAUUUUUCCCCCAAGUUGGUUGAUUUUGAAAGUUGGAAGACUAUUCUUGCUAGAUCAGAAAAGAACUCUGGCUCUAUUGGCAGCAAUGGCGCCAUUUGUCUACUUCCUAAUUCCGUGGAGAAACGUCAUCUGGAUAUUCAGGGCAAUAUUCAUGCUUUUGGUGUACUUCUACUGGAGAUAAUUAGUGGGAGGCCUCCAUUCUGCAAGGACAGAGGGUGCUUGAUAGAUUGGGCCAAGGAUUAUCUUGCAUUACCAGAAGUUAUGUCUUACAUUGUAGACCCAGCGCUAAAACAGUUCAGAUAUGAUGACCUCAAAGUUAUAUGCGAAGUGAUAAGCCUAUGCAUUCAUCCAGACUUUUCGAAUCGGCCAGCCAUGCAGGAAAUAAGCCUCAUGUUGGAGAGCGGAAUUGACACAUCUGUCUCCGUUGAGCUCAAGUCAUCUUCUUUGGCAUGGGCUGAACUUGCCCUUUCAUCAUGAUUGAGUUGAAGCUAACACACUGUACAUCAAUUACAUACAGUUUUUACCCUUUUACCUAUAUCCAAUCUUUUUGAUCUUUGUAAAUGGCUGCAUGUCAAAAAGAAACGUUUGGCUUCAUUUAUGCUGAAGCCUUUUUUCCAUUUGUAUACCAUUUGAUGUUCAGAAAAAUUUCUGAAAUCUCCAAGUAGCCAAUUUAGCUAUUUUGCAGUGAGUCUUGUACCAUCUGUUUAACUAUAUAUGUAUACUAUGUUAGUGUUGUCUCUACAUCCACAAUGAAAUUGUUGGUUUGUCUUUUGUUAUA